CUCUGGUCGUCGCUGAUGCCCUUCUCACUGCUCUGUCCCCUAGGCCAUGGAGAGUGUCACUGUGGGGAGUGCAAGUGCCACACAGGCUACAUUGGGGACAACUGCAACUGUUCCACCGAGACCGCCGGCUGUGUCUCCAGCGAUGGGCAGAUGUGCAGCGGCCGCGGCAACUGCAUCUGUGGGAGGUGCCAGUGCACCGAGCCUGGAGCGUUUGGAGAGACCUGCGAGAAGUGUCCCACCUGCCCAGGGGUCUGCAGCACCAAAAGGGACUGCAUUGAAUGCAAGCUGUUUAACUCAGGAAGACUGGAUAACCAAACCUGCCAAAAGCACUGCAAGGAUGAGCUCAUCACCACUGUGGAUGUUCUCAAAACGGAUGACCCCAACGCAAUCCUGUGUGCCUACCCUGUGAACAACUGCGUCAUGAAGUUCACCUACUCGGAGCUUGCCAAUGGGAAGUCCAACCUCACCGUCCUCAAGGAGCCAGAAUGCAGCUCAGCCCCCAGUGCCGUGACCAUUGUGCUGGCUGUCAUUGGCAGCGUGGUGCUGAUUGGCACCAUCCUGCUGGGACUCUGGAAGCUGCUUGUCACCAUUCACGACAGGAGGGAGUUUGACCGAUUCCAGAGCGAACGCACCCGGGCGAGAUAUGAAAUGGCAUCCAAUCCUCUCUACCGAAAGCCCAUUUCUACGCAUAAUGUAGAGUUCACAUUCAACAAGCUCAACAAAUCUUACAACGGUACAGUUGACUGAUCAGGUCUCAGCACGUGGGACCGCUGUGGACAAUUGCUUGACUGUAUUUGCUGCUUCUCGACUUGAAGAUGGGAUCUUCUUCAGGGAAGAAAAUACUUUACAACAGGACUGGUCGAUGACACGAGCCUGUUAUUUGCACAGUAAGGAGAAAAGCAGCAUGUGUGCUGUCUGAUUUGGGACAUGCCGAUGCCAUGGCAGGCUCACCAGUUGUGCUCAUGGAUUCUGAGCCCUGUGACUCCACAGCCCAGGUUUCUGGAUCUAUGAAACCUGCCAACGAAGAGAACCAAGUGCCACAUUGCAGCUUUAGACAUAUCCCAUCCCACUAGAAAGGGUGAGUAGGCCAAAAUCAGGGGAAGUCAUGGCAUUGCAGGUUGGGAGGGGGGAAUUAGCUUAAAAAGAGGAGGGUGUUGGAAGCAUUUGUGUAAGAAAUUAGGAUACAAGAGUUCUGCAGUCUUUAGAAUUUUUUUUUAUAUAAAAACAAAAUAAAACUAUUGUGCAUAUAUGAUGCUAAA